AUAGAGGAGGGAUACCGUCUCCCUGUCCCCAUGGGCUGUCCUGUGGUUCUAUAUUACAGGUGAUCCUGUCUAUAGAGGAGGGAUACCGUCUCCCUGUCCCCAUGGGCUGUCCUGUGGUUCUAUAUUACAGGUGAUCCUGUCUAUAGAGGAGGGAUACCGUCUCCCUGUCCCCAUGGGCUGUCCUGUGGUUCUAUAUUACAGGUGAUCCUGUCUAUAGAGGAGGGAUACCGUCUCCCUGUCCCCAUGGGCUGUCCUGUGGUUCUCCACCAGUUGAUGCUCCACUGUUGGCAGAAGGAGAGAGGUCAGAGACCUCACUUCAACAGCGUGGUCUCCUUCCUGGAUAAACUCAUCAGGAACCCCACUAGUCUACUGACACUGGUGGACAACAGUUUUCCAGAAUCACUGGAGGACAUGCCAGACUACCCUCCGUUCAUCUCCAUCGGUGAUUGGCUGGACUCCAUCAAGAUGAGCCAAUACAAGAACCAGUUCCUGGCAGCAGGAUUCACCACCCUGGACUCUGUCUCCACCAUGAGUAUAGAUGACAUCAGGCGUAUCGGUGUGUCUCUGAUUGGCCACCAGAGGAGGAUGGUGAGCAGCAUUCAGAAUCUUCGUCUUCAGUUCCUCACCGUCCAACACAACGGAUUCCACAACUAAACCAA